AUGGUGGGCUUUGAUGAUGCCAUGCUUCAACAACCCCAUCGCCAAGUCAUUCCAAUUGUAGGGAUGGGAGGAAUUGGUAAGACUACUCUCGCCAAAAAUGUUUAUGCGCGAUUUACUGAUGUGCAUUGUGAUAUUUGUGCUUGGGUUAUAAUUUCUCAACAAUAUAACACAAAAGAACUUCUUUGUGAGAUUCUAUCUCAAGCCAAUAAAGAAGGCAGUGAAUGGCUGAGCCUGACUAAAAUGAGAGAAGAUGAAGUAGGACUAGCACUCUACAAAUAUUUAUUUGGUAGAAGGUUUUUAAUUGUGUUGGAUGAUAGUAUUGAGGCAUGGGAGAAGCUACAAGGCUAUUUUCCGGACAAUGGUAAUAGUAGUCGGAUAAUGGUGACAAGUAGGCUAUCGAAUUUGGGAUCUCGAUUGGAUGACAAUUAUGGCCUUAAAAUUAAACUUUUGGAUGUGGAAAGUAGCUGGAGGCUGUUUUGCAAAGUUGUGUUUGGAGGGGAAAGUUGCCCUCUAGAAUUAGAGAAAAUUGGGAAGAAGAUUGUAAAGAGUUGUAGAGGACUUCCAUUAUCAAUUGUUCUUUUGGAAAAACUUGAACGAACAAAAGAAUGUUGGAAAUCUAUUAGGAGAAGCUUGAAUUCAGCAGUGAAUUCAGAGAAUGAUAAGCAUUGCUGGAAGAUACUGAAAUUUAGCUACAAGCAUUUGCCAGUUUAUCUAAAGCCAUGCUUUCUAUAUAUGGGAAUGUUUGAGGAAGAUAGUGAAAUUCAUGUCAAGCUAUGGGUUUCUGAAGGAUUUUUAAAAUCAAUAACCGGCAAGAGUUUGGAAACAGUUGCAGAACUAGUUGAUAGAAAUCUAAUUCUAGUUCCUGAGUUGGGGAAAACUGGGAGCAUUAAGUAUUGCAAAAUCCAUGAUUUGCUGAGAGACCUCUGCAUGAGAGAAGCUCAAAAGGAGAGGUUUUACCAUGUGGUAGGGCAACAUAGUCCUCAAGGCACGUGUAGCCAAUGCCGCUUAGUUAUUCCGAGAGGCACUUCAAAGAAGGAAGUCCUUGAUGCUGUGGAGUCUACACCACAUGCCCGCUCCUACAUAAGUGAUUGGAAAAGAGUUCGAUUGUUGCCCAAUUUAAGAUUGUUGAGGACAUUGAAAGCAUACGAUAAAGAUAUUUGGAGAAUACAUCACUAUUCCCUGGAGAAAAUGUUUGAGUUAGUUAAUUUGCGGCUUCUUGUUGUCAAAGCUGAUCGAUGCGGCCAACUUCCUUCUUCAAUCAAUCUCCUUUGGAGUCUACAGACGUUAAUUGUUUAUCCUGAUGAACCAAUCAUAAAUGCACCGGUUGAAAUUUGGAAGAUGCCUCAACUUAGGCACGUUGAUUUCAACAGGGGAUUGCAUCUCCCGGAUCCUCCGAGCGAUAGCAUUGUCAUCAUGGAGAAUCUACAUACACUCAAUGGAGUAAGGAAUUUCAAGUGUGAUGAGGAGAUAGUUGGUAGAAUUCUCAAUAUCAAGAAAUUGGGACUAACAAUAUGUGAGCCUCGUGAUGAUGACUAUUGUGUCCACAACAUCGAAUGUCUGCAAAAGCUAGAAUCUCUCAGCUUCAUUUGCGUUCGAAGGAGUGUUUUUUUGCAAAAGCUUACCUUGCCACACUCUCUUAAGAGUCUGGAUCUUCAAAUGUGGAUGGGUAGGAUGAAAGACAUAUUGGAAAAGGUAAGUACAUUACCCCUUCUUCAAAAGCUCAAAUUGAUGAAUGGAAGGUUCAAAACAGGCAAAUGGGCAACAGUUGAAGGCCAGUUCCCCAGUCUCAAAUUAUUGUCACUGACAUCGUGUUGUAAUUUGAAAUACUGGAUGAUGGAGAGCUCCCACUUCCCAUGCCUCGAGCACCUUCAUCUUCACAAGAUAGAUUUGAAGGAGAUCCCUACAGAACUUGGUGACAUUCCGACGCUCAAAUCCGUGGCCUUAAAAUUGUGCGAAAAAUCAUUGGUGAAGAGAAUGAUAGAGGAACAAGGAGAAGUAUCCUUUAAAGUUGAAGUUCAGAUCCCGGAGGAGCACGGAGAGCUGCUAAGCUUGCUAAAUCCCAACUUUCAAGUUACCGUCCUUCCCUUUUAA